UUAGUACAUGUACUUUCAUAACGAUACGAAAUAUGGAGAUAUGGAGCAUAAAGUGGUGAUAUUUUUGGUAACGCUACUGGUUAUUACACAGACUGCGGCCGCCUCAGCGCCACCACACGGGGCCUAAUGGUAUAAGGCUAAGUAGCUUCACGCGAUAUGCACCAUUCUGGGAAAACUCAUUUAGGAAGUAUGCUCAUUAGCAUAAUCCAUUCUUUGCUCCAGCUCGAGCAUUGACCGGCGUAUAUUCCCUGAACGAUAUCACAGUACAGCCAGGACCAGUCGAAGUGAAGCAAGGACAGAACGUCAGUAUGUGGUGUAAAAUGAAAUAUGACCCUCAUAAAGUAGUGCCGGUAGUCUGGCAUACGCCGCCAAAUUUCCGAACAAGAACCAACGAUUGUUCUUCUUUUGUAAAGAAUAAAUAUAUCAUGUCAUGUUCAGACACUGAGGACCCUUUUGGAUAUUAUAAUAUGACAAUAAUGGAUGUCCAAUGGGCCGAUAAUGGGACAUAUCGGUGUCUGUAUACCAAACAUAUGGACAUUGUGGAUUUACAAGUUUUGGUUCCGGUAACAAAUUUGACAGUAGAAAAAAUCAUCAAAAGCUCUGCUGCAGAAUCCCAGCCCUUGCAUGGGAACUUCACCUGCACAACAAACUGUGCAUUUCCGGCACCCAAGAUUUCAUGGCUUAUUAAUGACCAACCCUUUAAUGGCAACGCGACGGUCACAGAGUUGGUCUGCUCAGGGGCCAAGGACGGCCAGAAACAGACUAUGAGCACAGUGAUGAUAAUGAGCACAGACAUGGAUAAGGAGAGAAAGGAAUACAACAUUACGUGUACGGCAGAAAACGUUGUUGGAGAGCCUAAUGUUUCAAAGGCUAUAACUGUCAAUAAUGUUGUUCCGGUAACAGAUGUGACACUAGAAAAAAUCAUCAAAAGUUCUGCUACAGAGCCUCAGCGCUUGCAUAAGUACUUUACCUGCACAACAAACUGUGCAUUUCCGGCACCCAAGAUUGCAUGGCUUGUAAAUGACGAACACUUUAAUGGCAAAACAACGGUCAGAGAGUUGGGCUGCUCAGGGGCCAGGGAGGGCCAGAAACAGACUAUGAGCACAGUGUUAGUAAUGAGCACAGACAUGGAUAAGGAGAGGAAAGAAUAUAACAUUAAGUGUACGGCAGAAAACGUUGUUGGAGAGCCAAAUGUUUCAGAGACAAUGGCUGUCAGUGAUGAUGUUCCGGUAACAGAAGUGACACUAGAAAAGGACGUCAAAAGCACUGCUGUAGAGUCCCAGCGCUUGCAUGAGUACUUUACCUGCACAACAAACUGUGCAUUUCCGGCACCAAAGAUUUCAUGGCUUGUAAAUUAUCAACCCUUCAAUGGCAACGCGUCGGUUGGUGAGUUAAACUGCUCAGGGCUCAAGGAGGGUCAGAAACGGACUGAGAGCAGAGUGCUAGUAAUGAGCACAGACAUGGAUAAGGAGAGAAAAGAAUAUGACAUUUUGUGUACGGCAGAAAACGUUUUUGGAGGGCCAAAGGUUUCAAAGGCAAUGGCUGUCAUUCGGCACAAUGAUUUAAAUGCUGUAACUCCCAGUCCACCUCAGCACAAAGUGAUAUCGGCACUACUCGUGGUAUUGGCACUACUUUUUACUUUGAUUGUCAUAGGAAGCAUCGGCAUUACUGUGUACGUGAAACGCCGUCAUGCGCUUAAAUAUUAUUCAUCAAGGGAAGCCCGGUUCCAUGAACAUUCGGCUCCUCCAAAAUAUGAGAAGAAUGAUGGGAUCAAAUACCAUAAAGUUUCGACAUCUGCGCAUGAUUUUCACAACGCUCAUAAUGAAGAGGAUGAUUCAUCAAGGGAAGCCCGGUUCAAUGAACAUUCGGCUCCUCCAAAAUAUGAGAAGAAUGAUGGGAUCAAAUACCAUAAUGUUUCGACGUCUGCGCAUGAUUUUCACAACGCUCAUAAUGAAGAGCGUUUGCUGAGUGCUCCGACGUCACUAGAAAAUGGUGAUGGCUUUGGGAGAACCAUCGUGCCCAGAUUCUUUUAACCCAACGGACAUGAAGGCGACCUGACGUAACCGCGCCUGUACAAAAUAACAAGACGCUUAAAAGUAUGUUUCAACCACUCUCAGCACCAAUAACUACUCGCUAACCUUGUCUGUCAGUUGCCAUCCGUCCAUGAUCCACCGAAUUGGCAGUGUACACAUAUCACCAAUCUGGGAUCAUUGUCAAUUACGUAUUACUGUCGAUAUCAAGAGAAUUUGUCAUCUCCUUCGUUGAUACUAAUCAUAGCGUUUUUUUCUGCACUUAGUUCGAUCACUGUGAUUUGGGAUGUUAGCAACUUGUCUCACAGAGCUUUGUUUAGGAACUAAAAGGCGAGAGUCUCGCCUGAAGAUUUUUGUGAAUCCAUACACUAUCAAUAAUAUCAUUGGCACAAUAUUUGCCAUGUUUUGCCUUUUGUAUGAGUUGCACGCUCAAACUCGACUUUUCUCUGAUGUAUCAAUCAUGGUCAAAAUCGAUCAACGUCUAUCUUUUUUUCAUCUGAAAAUUAGAGCUUGCUUGACAUGUUUGAUCAAUGCAGUGUGGGGUAUUUAUUUUACCAAGUUGAAGUAAAUGGUGAUUUGUAUUUAUCCAUUGUAUCACAUAAACCUAUAAUGUAUUCAUACUUUUAUAGAGGCACUGAAUUGUGCUGCUUUCAAUGUUCAUUUUAUUUCAUUAUGUGGACCGGCUGGGAGUUAUGUAACAACUAAAGGCCCACAGCGCGGUAAGGUCCAGGCAAGUGGGCGUGAACCUAUAUGUGUAUGUUCAUUUGUAUUUAUCUGUGUUUUGUAGUUUCAUAUUCAUGCCUGAUAAACCAUAGAUUGUACGAUCAGCAAUUGUCAUACUGUAAUAACGAUAAUGUACAUUUUGCAUAGGCAUGUAGGUAUCCCAGUGCGCUAAAGAUUGAUGGGGGUCAGAUGGGAUGACAUAUUCCUUGGAGAUAAAGGGUGUGUCGCUCAGUAGCUGAAUUUUAGAAAGAUGGUAGGCCUUGUUUGACCCUACAUGUAUAUACAUAUGCGAAGGUAGUUGGGUAGGAGUUUGUGUUUUUCAUUAGCCGCCUGCCUCCCCAUAGUUUGGUGAGUUUUGGAAUAUAUUAGUACCAUAUGUCAAUGUGUCUCGCUUUUCGGGGAUAUAAGUCUACUUUUGACCACUCUGUAGUAAUGUGGCAAUUGCAUCGUCACAUGAUAUCCAAGUUUCAUUUAAUUUUAGAAGGUUAUUGGUUAACUGUGACAUACAGUAUGGGAAUUUAAAGGCAAUGACGGCUUCAGAUCAUGAUUUCUGUGAUAUUGGUAAACUUGAUAAGUAUUUGGACAUUCAAUUAUUCAAGAGUCGACCCAUGGACCGAUCUAACUCUGGCAAAUGUAAGGUUGAUCAUGGUCACCACCUUUAAUAGAGCCGAAAUAAAUAUACAAUACACCGAUAAUAAAACAGGACACAAUGCUAUUUUAGCCUGAAAAGAAAGAGCACUUUGAUUCGCUCAGGUCCACUUAAUUAGGCUCAUUUAAGUUUUAAAGAGACCAAAAUGAACAAAUAAAGGAAACGUUCCAUGCUGCACCAUGCAAAACUUAAAUGAACCAAACCGAAUGGGACUAUGUGAAUAAUAUUAUAUUUUAUUCCAUAAACAUACUUGACCGAAUUCUGCAAUGAGUAUUAUAUAUUGUACAUUUGAUCUAUCAGUUCAGGUUUAAAACGUUUAUUUGGCUCGUUUAGUUUGGCUUGUUUCAUUCGGCUCGUUUCAACAUUUACAUACUACCAACAUUAGCCUAACACUGACUGUUCAUAUACACAGUAUGUUUAGGGUUAAGAAGUUGGGUCAUUGUUUUAUGCAAACUCGCCUUAGGUGCACGGUUAUCAGAUUGUAAGACAACGAAGUUAUUAAAGCGAGCUAAAGGUAGAUGGGAGUCAUGGAUUGGGUGGAUCUAUGUUGGAGAUUAGGUGGUAUAGUCCGGGGUAUAGUUGAAUUUUAGGGAUAUUAUUUUGGUCCUUUUCGGCCUUAUGCUUAGAUAUUUGAGCAUGACUUGGUUUUAGUACCUAGUUGAAUGACAUUUGGAACGUCAGUAUCAUUUUUAGCUCAGCUGACAAAGUCAGCGGAGCUGGUCAAAUAGCUAUUCGUGUGGUGUCCGUUCUUCCAUAUAUCCAUCCAUCUGUAGACAAAUUGGGCAUUUUGUAACCGUAAGACCUAGGCAUUUCAAGUCUGGCUUACACAAUAAACAUCGUAUGCUGCAGACAACUAACUUCAGAAACUUUUUCGCGUUUUCGACUUAAAUUCUCCUCACCAGAGGGCCAUAGGCGUAAAUUAUAAAGACAUUUUUUGUCACUUUACUCUAAUAGAUAGAGGCUUGAAAUAAAGUUUAGGAAUUAUGUAUACAUGUAGGUUUUAAUAUGAAAUUGGAUUAGUUUUGAUUGAUUCUACCAGUUGACGUUACUGAGCAAAAUCUCUGUGGACCUAGUUAACUUGAUUUGAAUUUCCCGCUCUGUUUUAACUCCGAAGGUUGUGGGUUUGAUCCCACCUCAGGGUAACCUUUUUUCCAUUUUUCCUUUUUUCCUUUUUCAUAUUUUUUUCUACUUUUUUUUAAUUUGGCAGACGGCCAUCUUGGAAAUCAUAUUUUGCCAGUUUAAAGCCUUUUGAUGUAGCUAGAGUGACUAAAUGGUGGGCGUAUCUGAAAGUCUCCAUUAUACCUAUCAUUUUCGAUUUGACCGACUCUUCAUGGUUAUAGGGCUCAAGCUCUUAAAUUUCACUAAUAAGUAGUGCGUUUUGGCAUUAUUUGUCAAAGAGUCUGUUUACUUUGGUAUAUAUGCGUGAUAUAGGCAAUCAAUAUUUUAGCAAAAUUGAGGCUGAAAAAGACCUACCAGGUGCUUUCCAUGUUUUGUACAUUGUACCCAUGUAUUUCAGCUGAGCACCAGUGCCUUGGGCCUCUUGUUGGUCAGAUAUGAAGACUUUGAUUUAGAUUUACAUAAACUCUAUCUCUAGCCCCUUUGUUGUAAGGCGGCAAUUGCAUCGUCUCAUACUUGACCAACCUUAUUGCCAGGAUAUUCCUAUUGGAAUAUUUGCAGAAUUGGCUGGAGCAAUGAGGUUUGCCAAGUCUCUCAUGGGAGGUAGCCAAAUCCUAAAAUUGAAGGCUCCUAGAGACAAUGCUUGGGCGACUAAGCAUGAGAUGACUAUUGUAGCAUAAUCCUCCCCUUGACAGAAUGUAAGCACAGCUCAGCAUGAGAGGUAGUCCAAUCCUGUUAGAAAUAAGUCUUGGUUCCACUACAGGGUUUAGAUCCGUUUCUAUCGCAUCCGCAUCAGGUCCGAACUUAGCUUAGUCCGGACUAACGAAUGUUACGUUAUGGGGAGGCUAUCUAAUGAGGCGCUUGUGAUUGCAGGCCUCGGGUGUGAGCCUGUUGAAGCCGAGUCUAGGUAAAAAGGCUACAGGUAAAAAAAAAGGUUACCUGUCUUAUUAGUUGACCGUCUCUUAAGUUGUGUGUUUGGUUGUGACUCUGUAUGAUCAGUUGACCGGCUGUAAGGCCGUCGCUUGAGUUGACUGGUUGGUUUGGACUCGGCAGGUAAAAAAACCCUUUUUACCUGUAGCCUUUUUUUCUUGGGCUUCUUUACCAUAUAAUAGUCAUUUUUACUGGCCCAUCCAAUGGUUUGGGCUUUGUUCACGAGUGCGCUUUGCGAAGGGUUGAUAAUGCAGCAAUUAUGAUUGGGUCAUCUUAAGAAAGGUAUUAAAAUUGUGUGGUGUUUUGGUCGGAGUUAUGAUGCUGUAGUUAUGCGGGGUGUAAAUAAUUAUUGUAAACAGCUUUCUUGUACAUCAUUGUUUUUGCUCAGUUUAUAAUAAUAAAACUUACAAAUA